GCUCACCGCCUGAAAGCCUUUUCUCCUUCACAAAUGGCGUCUGUUCAACGAAAGGCAGCUGAUUCCCCACUGAGCAAAGUAACAGGAGCGGAGGAGAAGUAAACACACCGCCCCCGGAUUUCCUUGCAGCAGGAUAGUCUGUUGUUUUCUUCUGAAUCUGCGUCGCUUCCUAACGGUCGGACGUUGCUUCCUCCCCGGAAAUCAAGAGUUAAAGCAGCGCCGCCGUUCCGGUGUGAAAACAACCCCCUCCCUGAUAAAGAGGAGAGGGUCAGCUGCAGCCCGGUUCUCCCGCUGCUUCUGCUUGUUUUCUUGGAGGUCGUUGGUGUCCUUGCUUCGCUUCAGGGCCGGACUCAGGCGCUUUGUGGCCACAGUAGCGGGUCAAAUGUUUCCUCUGGGAUCCAUGAAGAUGGGCAACCUCCCCCUCCGCCUAACUGACUGACUGACUGCUCGGCAGCGUUAAUCCAAUUCAGGAGAUCAUCUUUGCAACCCUCUCCUGGUCACACCGUUGAACGGCGUUAUCCCAGCAGGCCAGCUCUGUGGCGGUAAAGAUGACCACAGCGAGGUACCGCCCUACAUGGGAGCUGGCCGUGGACCCCCUGGUCUCGUGUAAACUGUGCCUUGGAGAGUUCCCACUGGAGCAGAUGACCACCAUCACACAGUGCCAAUGCGUCUUCUGCACGCUGAUCGAGUGCAUGGUGGCUUCAGAGAUGAUGCAGAGGUAUAAAAAGCUUCAGUUCGAGCGCGAGGUUCUGCUGGACCCGUGCAGGACAUGGUGUCCCUCUUCGACCUGCCAGGCCGUAUGCCAGCUGAAGGAGACUGAUUCUCCAGCCCCGCCUCAGCUGGUUCAGUGCGCCGUCUGUGCCCUGGAGUUCUGCUCCGCCUGUAAGGCCAACUGGCACCCCGGGCAGGCCUGCCAGGAGAGCAACCUGCCCAUCGCCUCCUUCCUGCCAGGAGAAAACAGCUCCUUUUAUAAGAACGAAGAGGACGACGCCCCCAUCAAGCGCUGUCCUAAGUGUAAGGUUUACAUCGAGAGAGACGAAGGAUGCGCACAGAUGAUGUGCAAGAACUGUAAACAUGCCUUCUGCUGGUACUGUCUGGAGUCCUUGGACGAUGACUUCCUGCUGAUCCACUACGACAAAGGGCCGUGUCGGAACAAACUGGGCCACUCCAGGGCGUCUGUUAUCUGGCACAGAACGCAGGUUGUGGGGAUCUUCGCCGGCUUUGGCCUGCUCCUGCUGGUCGCCUCGCCCUUCCUCCUGCUGGCCACCCCCAUCGUCCUCUGCUGCAAGUGCAAAUGCAGCAAAGGCGACGACGACCCGCUACCGACCUAAACGCCGCUCAGAGGGAGCCGGCGUCGACGAGGACGGGGUCCCAUCGCAUUUCUGUCCAGUUUCACCACUUUUCCAUUCUUACUUUCCUUCCACCAGCUUUGAGGAGCUUCAUAUUUCCGAGCUCUGCCUAAAGGCGCCCCCUUGUGGGGGUCGCUCUGCUCUGCAGGAGGAGCCCAGAACAGAACACAGGUGUCCCUCUGAAGAGAGCUAAGCUGAGACACGGCGAGACGUUGCUUUAAAAGGACCGCCGCUGUCUGGAAAACUUUGGAAUUUUGGGAAUGUGAAUAAAAUCCACUCGUAUUUUUGAUGUCGUGAUAUUUGUGAGCCGUUCCUAACGGAGGGGAUUAUCUCCAGAUGAAGGAACGCCGUCGCCGCCUGCAGAAGGACUUCUACUUUAUUUCUCUGUCCGUUGGUUUGCUGUAAACACUUAGAGCUUUUCCUUACCGCCACACUCGAUGUAGCUCCACUGAAUCAGCCGGUAGCAGAGGAGACUUACUCACUCGGUUUGCACACUCAGCAUGGCUCCUUCGUCAUGAUUGUGACUGAGCAAGAGGCGGGAGGCGGGUGUCGCUCCCAGCUCUCUGUACAGCACGUCCUCUCGAUGAUGUCAGUGUUUUAUAAUCCUGCGCUUUUAGUAGAGAUGUCCUGAGAGUUGUGUGUGUGUGUGGGUGUGUGUGUCUUGCACAUUACAGUCUCUUUUUCCAAAUGUUAGGCAGAUGUUUUAAAGAGGAUUGCCACUCAAUUCUUACUUUUUGUGGAUAAAAAUGCUUUUUACCAUCAGAUUUCUGUUUUCGUAUAAUUACAGCAGCUUUGUCGUUUAGGUCGUCGCCUGAAACCCAUCUAACUUUUACCAAACUGAGUGGCGCUCCCCUUUAUGUUUAGCAGUAGCUUUUUCUCUCAGAGGACUUCGUAUCCACGUUGUCGUGGAAAGAUUUUAGGAGUUUAUUCCAAAUGUUCAGGCCUAAGAUGAAGGUUCAGCCAAAUAGAAAUUGAAAAGCCUUAAAUGGCCUAAACCAGGCGGCUCCCCUCGGUGCAUUAAGAGUAAAUCCUCAAAUCUUAAUCAGCACAGGGAGAGAGGCGUGUUCCUGACGAGCCCUUUACUGUAUGUUGAUUCUAUGAUGUCAUCAGUGUGCCACUAUGUCGAUAGUCAUUAUGUAAAAGAUAAAAGGUUCCUGAAUAAAACUUUUUAUGACCCAAGGCUUGUUUUUGUUUUGUUUUUUACUUCGUAUAGCUUUUAAACAGCAGAGCUGAGCCACAUGCAUUCACUCAUCCUUAUUUGUGAAACUGCAGACCUGCUACGUUCAGACCGCAAGCAGCAAAAACGCACGUGGUACUUCAUUUUGAUUCUUGGACCAUUCUAGUUCUGACUCCCGGCUGAAGCAGCUUUUGCUGCUCUGGCUGCGCCGUCAAAAAGUGGGUCUGAUGCGCAUUGGGCGGAGCUACCUUAUCCUUUCUUUUCCUGAAACGAUGGCAGCUAGAUUUGCUGUGAUCAGCGGGUGAAAAGUAGUUUGAAUCUAUUUUGAAGUGAGAAAGUUCAUCUGAAAACUUAAUCUGUGCAGUCAGUUCAUCCAGAUUACCAUCCUGCCUUUAAAUAUUAUUUCUGUCGGAGCCGCUCAGACCCCCACAUAGCGGCGGUGCGCCGUCACUGGGAAUCCCAUUCAACAGCAGCCUCUGCCUCGGUCACCUCUUGGCGGUUUGCCGCAGCGGCUGAAAGAUGUUUUUCAUGUACGAAAGCCAAACUGCAGGCACCAGGAUAAUAAAAGUGAACAUGUCUUGCCUGCAGAUUUCAGUAUUUUAAGUAAAUUUAGGCGUUAAUAAACUUUCAGAGGAGUGAUCAUAGCGCUCUGCAUCAGCAGUGCUGUGUCUGACUCUCUGCCAGCUCCCAGAUCAGCUUCUCUGAUUGGUUGAUGUGGCGCUUUGAGCGGCAAAAGUUCAAUUUCUCCAAGUCCAGCAGCUGCUGCUUUUGCUGCAGGACGUUUUGCCUCAUCUCGAUGCACAUCAACCAUUGACCUUACAUGUAAAGUUGCUGCUUGUAAGUAAA